GUAAUCGGCGAUUCAAACCGUUGACAGUUUUCGAAUUGGUCUUCAGUUGAGUUCGUGUCGCGCUGCGUUGAGGUUGAGGUUGAAUUCCUCCCAGAGAUUCGCUUCCGUGAAAGUGAAACUUGCAGAUACUUGUGGCUAAAUCAAGAUGCGGUGCAGCCUGAGGAUGCGGCUGAUCCUGCUCCUGGGACUUUGUGUAUUCAUCUCCAGGAUCCAAGGCCAGCUGAUUGGUGGCGAGGAGGACGAAGAGGACGAGGAGGAGGAGGAAGAGGAGGAGGAGAGCGUGGAGGACGAAACGCCGGAAGACCGACUGCAGCGCAAGAACAUCAAACAAGAUUCGACUCUCAGUGUGGACAAAUUAAUCGCCAAGUACGGCUACGAGGCGGAGGUGCACCAUGUGACCACCGAGGACGGAUACAUUCUCACCAUGCACCGCAUCCGCAAGCAGGGCGCCCCGCCCUUCCUCCUGCAGCACGGACUCGUGGACAGCUCGGCGGGAUUUGUGGUAAUGGGCCCCAACGUGAGCCUGGCCUACUUGCUGGCCGACCACAACUACGAUGUCUGGCUGGGAAACGCGCGGGGCAAUCGCUACUCGAGAAACCACACCACCCUCGACCCGGAUGAGUCCAAGUUCUGGGACUUCAGUUGGCACGAGAUCGGCAUGUACGACUUGCCCGCGAUGAUUGAUCACGUGCUAAGGGUCACUGGAUUCCCGAAACUGCACUACGCCGGCCACUCGCAGGGAUGCACCUCCUUCUUCGUGAUGUGCUCCAUGCGUCCUGCCUACAACGCCAAGGUCGUCUCCAUGCAGGCCCUCGCCCCCGCCGUUUACGCCAAGGAGACCGAGGACCAUCCCUACAUCAGGGCCAUCAGCCUGUACUUUAAUAGCCUGGUAGGCAGCUCAAUUAGGGAGAUGUUCAACGGCGAGUUCCGGUUUCUGUGCCGGAUGACGGAGGAGACGGAACGCCUGUGCAUCGAGGCAGUGUUUGGAAUCGUGGGUCGCAACUGGAACGAGUUCAACAGGAAAAUGUUCCCCGUGAUCCUGGGUCACUAUCCGGCAGGAGUGGCUGCCAAGCAGGUGAAGCACUUCAUCCAGAUCAUCAAGAGCGGUCGCUUUGCGCCGUAUAGCUACAGUUCGAACAAGAACAUGCAGCUGUACAGGGAUCACCUGCCGCCUCGCUACAACCUGAGUAUGGUGACAGUGCCCACUUUCGUGUACUACUCCACCAAUGAUCUGCUAUGCCACCCCAAGGACGUGGAGUCCAUGUGCGAUGACCUGGGCAACGUGACGGGCAAGUACCUGGUGCCGCAGAAGGAGUUCAACCACAUGGACUUCCUCUGGGCCAUCGAUGUGCGGAAAAUGCUCUACCGGCGUAUGCUGCAGGUCCUCGGAAAACUGCCUGAGGGCUCGCAAGAAGAGGCUAAUCGAUCCAGGAGGGAAGUCCGCGGACGAUUCAUACGGUCUUGAGUAUGUUUAAUAUAAGUUGUAA